GCCUAUGGCGUGUGCCGGGCCGCGCAACCGGGAGGAUUCUGUGUGACCCGGACGGUUCGCUCAGUACUGGCCUUCCUUGGGCCGCGUCCCGUCUGCGUGUCCGGCCCAGAUCCCCGGCGCAGGCCGAGCCGGAUCCGAAGAUGGCUGCGUCGGGUCUGGAUCAUUUAAAAAAUGACUAUAGAAGAAGAUUCUGCCGACCUUCCAGGGUACUUGACAUAGAUACGGAGAAUGGUCAGAACAUACUGGAUAUCCUACAAAACUGUUUUGAAGAAAAUAGUGUUGCCAAUGAACUCAGCACAAAUUCUAUAGGAUCAGUGCUGCAUUCAAAAUCCAGAGUAGAAAUCAUUUGUAUUUCACCACUAAGUAAAGAGGCUGGCGCAGCAUGUACGACCGAAUCUGUUGUUAAAGGAAGGAAUAUUCUGAGAGCCAGAUCUCCAGAUGUUAAUCAAGAAUCAGCCCUCAAGAGUCAGUGCCAGAAAUCACCCCCAAAAUCAGUUCCAGUUUCUUCAAAGAAUAAAAAUGCUACUCUGCAAUUAACUGAAGAGCUAGGUAGUGCUGAUAACAGAUCAGGUCAGACUCAGCAUGUUUGUGAGAAAAUUUUGGCAACUGAUUCUAAAAAUAAACAUGACUCGAGAAGAAUUUCAAGUAGAAAUAGAAAAGAUCAUCAUGAUGAAGAUGAAGAGGAAUUUUACUUAUCUGUUGGGUCACCUUCUGUUAUUUUGAAUACAAAAACAUCUGCUUUAAAAAAUGCUGAUGUAUCUAUUGACCAGAAGAGAGAGGCCUACACUCUUGAAAAUUCUGUAAAUAAGCUGUCUUCAAGUACAGCUUUUCUUAAAACCAAGAAAAGAUUAAACUUUGAAGAUAAAGAUGUCUUGAAGGAAAUAGAAAUGGAGAAUAUAGUAUCCGAGGGACCACGACAGAGGGCACCAUCAGGAAUAUCUCAGAAAACAGUGCGAGAGUUAGAGUAUGGAUGUCAGCCUCAAACUACAAAAAGUUUUUCAGCUUUGUUUUUAGAAACUGUUAGGAAAAAAGGUAAAGCCAGUCCUGCUAAGUGUGUAGUAACGGCACCAACUCAUUCAACUCCUGAAAAUGAUAUGAAAUUGUUAGAGGAUGAAUUUUUAAUUGAUGAAUCAGACAAAGAUUUUGCCAGUCAUUCAUGGAUUACUAUACCCAGGAAGACUGGGCCUCCGAGACAGUGUGCAGUGUCCCCUGCUGAGAGCACUACAAGAGCAAACAAGUCCAGACCUGCCAUUCUGCCACAUGACACUCCUGCUGAAGCUCACCCAGGAGAUACAUCUCAGCCCUCUGAACCAAAAAAAUUGCUUAGGCAUCAGGCUUUGACAGAUGAAAUGGAAAAUAAUUGUAGAUCUGAGAAAUCUGAAAUGUAUUCUGAAAAUGCGAAGAAAGCAUCCAAACGCAAAAGGACUAUAACACAAAACCGGAGAAGCAAUUUUAAAACCAGUGUUGUUGAGCAGGUUGAUAUGGAACAGACUGAAGAUAAAAAUAUAAAUAGGUCAAAUGUAGCCCAAGGCAAAUUACAGAGAAAUUCCAACAUAAAUUUGGAAGCGUCUGAAAAGAUGAGCAAUGAUCAUAUUUCACCAAAACAGAUGCAGCCUAUGGGAAGCAAAAAAAGCAAGACAAGUGUUUCUUUCUCAAAAACUCAGAAGAAAAAGAAAGAACGUGAAAAAGAACGUUCUUCAAAUAUGUCUGAAUUGAACAAACUUGCACCUGAAGAAAACAGUUUUACUCUCACUCGAAGUCGAAGGGUUUCCAGGCGGCCUUCUGAUUGGUGGGUGGUAAAAUCAGAGCACAGUCUUGAUGUUGGCAAUUCUUCUCCAGUAAAUGAGUUGUCCAUGCAGCACAACACUACACAGAAGCCUGGUAACAAAGCAAAAGACUCAUCCAGGAGUGUUGGGAAGAAACCCACCCCACACAAAAGACUGGAGAAAAAUCCUCGGCGCAGCUCAAGAGCACAGAAAGUUUUAGAUGCUAAAGACCCUGGAAAAAUUACUCAUCAUGAUGAAAUUUCCACUUGUUCCCAGAACUCAUUGAAAAGUAAAGAAGACCUGGCCAAGGAGAAAAAUUUUCAUCAUUCAGGACAUGAAAGAAGUUCAGAGAAUCAAGCUAUUAGUAUUGCUACACAAAAUGUUUCUCUUCUGUCUCAGACCAGUGAGUUCUUGACACCAUCAGAGUCUAACUCAGAUUCUGGAGAGCCCCAGACUUCAGUUCUUCAAGAAAGUGGACCUUCUAGGAUCAAGAAUCAUAUAAUGUCUGUAAACAAUGAUUCUGAUGUGGAUGAUAAAGAAGUUUUUGAAAGUUUUGAUGACUCAAAGGUAAAAGGAUUUAAAGAACUCUCAGAAAAUAAAAUACAACAUAAAUUAGUACUGCCCACCAACACACCAAAUGUUCGCAGGACAAAGAGAGUCCGAUUGAAACCUCUGGAAUACUGGCGAGGAGAGCGGAUAGAUUAUCGAGCAAGGCCUUCAGGAGGAUUUGUGGUUGGUGGAAUACUGUCCCCAGAUGCAGUACCAUCUAAAAGGAAGGCGAAAGAAAACGCAGGAAAAGUCAACAAAAAAGAUAAUAGGAAAAGGAUCUGUCUUGAUGACGAUGAAAGAAUGCAAGAAUUAAUCAGAAAUUUGACAAUACAGCUAGGAGAUCCUUUGCAGCCGACUGUGAUAAAGGACCCAGAAACCAAAGAGAGUAUACUCUUGGAUCUUAUAAGGCAACGAGAUUCUUAUCAGUUUUUGGUUCAACAUGGUGACUUGAAAGUAUAUAAAACGCUGGACACACCUUUUUUUUCCACUGGAAAAUUGGUAUUAGGACCAAAUCAAGAAAAGGGGAAGCAGCAUGUUGGCUCAGAUAUAUUGGUUUUUUAUGUUAACUUUGGUGACCUUUUAUGUACCUUACACGAAACACCUUAUAUAAUAACAACGGGGGAUUCAUUUUAUGUUCCUUCAGGUAAUUAUUAUAACAUCAAAAAUCUCCUAAAUGAGGAAAGUAUUCUUCUUUUUACUCAGAUAAAAAGAUGAAGCAAAGUUCAAAUGUACAUGUGUGUAUGUGUGUAUAUGAUACAUUUGUGUGUAUAUAUUUGUGUGUAUGUGAUGCAUAAGCACA